AUGAAGACAACUCAACUUUUGACGGUAGCCGUUGCUGCCUUGGGGUUUGCCUCGUCAACUGUUGCCCAGCGCGGUGGUAAUCGAGGCGGUGGGAACAACAACAACAAAGGUGGCGCUGCCGCUGCAUCAGCUACCACUGCCGCUGCUGCCACCGCAUCAAAGGGUGCGGCCACCGGGAACAACAACAAUGGCGGCACUAGCAACACCAACACCGGCGGUGCCGGUGGAAACAACGGUCUUGCCCUGCUGGCUGCCAAUGUUCAGAAAGCCAGCAACUCCCCUGGUGGCUCGGGUGACGCUGGUCAAGCGCCUUCGGACACUGACCCGGCGAACUUCAUCAAUUUCUGUACUGGCAAGACUCUUACCAACGGUGCUCAAGUCACGCAGGGAUCCUGCAAUGGUAUCGUUAUGGGUGACAUCCCGUCAAACAACAACAUGGUUUCAUCCAUAAUCCUGUUCCCUGGCCCGGGAGAUGAUAUAACCCCCAACCAAUCCUUCAACGUCCAAGUACAGAUCAGCAACCUUGAAGCCGGUUCAUUUACUGAUCCAACCGCCACCUAUUAUGCGGCACCCCAAGCACUGAAAAACGGCAACGUCGUUGGUCAUUGCCACGUUACUAUCCAGGAUUUGGGCGGCAACAUUGCCACCAAGACCCCUCCUGACCCAAAGAAGUUUGCCUUCUUCAAGGGUAUCAACGACGACGGCAAUGGUAACGGUCUCCUCCAGGCUACCGUCACCAAUGGUCUCCCGGCUGGUGUUUACCGCGUCUGCACUAUGAACAGUGCUUCUAACCAUCAACCUGUGCUCAUGCCUGUUGCUCAACGUGGUGCUCAAGAUGAUUGCACGAAGUUUACCGUCGGCCAAGGCACCGGCAAUGCAGGCAAUACCGGAAAUGCCGCUGGCAACACCGCAGGCAAGGGCGGCAAUACGGGUAACACGGGCAACACUGGAAAUGCUGGCAAUGGCAACAAAGGUACUGGUGCCGCCGCCGCCUCCUCUUCUGCUGCCGCUUCUGCCACCACCUCCGCCACCGGAUCAACUGCUACAAAUGCCACUGGAAAGACCGGUACUGGAAAGGCAACUACUGGUGCUGGAACUGGUGCAGGAGCAGGCAACACCGGUGGCAACACUGGCAACACCGGUGCUGGUCGCGGUGGACAAGGCGGACAAGGUGGUCAAGGUGGCCGAGGAGGAGCUGGUGGUGCCGGUGGUGCCGGUGGCAGAUUCGGACGAGGAAGAGGAAGAUUUGCUGCACGCGACUUCAUUGCAUAA